CAGAAGGAGAAAGGGCAAGGAAAAUAUGGCGUUCAGAGGGAAGGAUAUGAUGAAGAAGCUGAUGAUGAAGGUGGGAGAGAACAACCUGGCUCCUGGAGUGAAGGAACAACUCAUGAUAUGCAUUCCCAACAGAAAGGUCGUCAUGGCCCGUGCCAAACGCGGCCUUUACGCUGGCCGACACAUCCAGUUCGGCAACCGCAUAAGCGAAGACGGUGGAAACAAGUCGAGGAGGACUUGGAAGCCUAAUGUCCAGGAGAAACGUCUCUUUAGUUAUAUCUUAGAUCGCCACAUUCGAGUAAAAGUCACCACUCAUGCCCUUCGUUGCAUUGACAAGGCAGGUGGAAUUGAUGAGUACCUGCUAAAAACUCCCUACCACAAGAUGGAUACAGAAAUGGGCCUGUUCUGGAAAGCUAAAAUUGAGAAGAUGUAUGAAGAGCUUGGGCAAAUGGAGGUAGUAUUCUUUUCGCCAGAGGAUGAAGCAAAUAUUGAACAAGGUUUCAAAGACCUGAAGCUAGCAGAGAGAGCAGCUCGAAGGGAUGCCAGAAGCCAGAUGUAUGGAUGGUCAGGGAAACAGGAAAAAAUCAAGCAUGGAAGAACUGGCCUAGUAACUCAUGAUGAAACUGCUAGUGUUGGGGAAGAUAGUUCUCAUGGCGAUGUUCAUGAACAGCUGAUUGCAAAUUUGUGAAUUUAGAGCUGCUUGCUAGCUUGGAUUCUGUCCAAAAUUUUCCUCCUUUUUAAGGAUUUUUGUUUUGGAUGAAUAAUUUUGUAGCUAUGCUUUUGGAAUUAGUCUCACGAGGAUUGGGCCACGUAGACAGAAGCAUGUCAUCAACUUCAGAGUUAAAUUAUAACUUGUAUCUUUAGUAACGUAUCAGGCAAUUUGGCUUUACAUUAACAUGAUACACAGAAGCAUAUCUCUGUUGAAACUGAUCCCUAUGUAUUCCCUGGAGCAUGAUUUGAAAUACCGGUUGGGCUGACGGAGCAUGCGAAUAUUAGGCCAUUCUUUUGUGUUUAAACAUGAAACAUGAAGCUUAAAAAUUAAACAAUGCAGCAGUUGAGAAGGCUGGUUGGUUAAUGGAAUUCUGAUUCAUUAGCUCCAAAAUGUGGGCUUGGAAAAGUUGUAUCUGACGAUCGAGAUUAUAGUGCGUUGGCGUGGUACCACAGGCAUAUGCUAGUAAUAUGGAGGAUCUCUCUGUUUUCUGUUGAGUUAGGUGAGUUGGCUGGCCUAUUAGAAAGUUAGAAUUCCACAGGAAUUUCAAAAUUUUAUCAGUUAUACGUCAGAUGGACAUUCGCAAUCGAAUGACGGACACGAGCUUUGGCAGUGACUGUGUGGCAAGAAGUUGUUAGUUGUUACGAAGCUGGAUUUUGCACAUAGAUCAAGCUUUACAUAAGAGAUUUUGUAGGCCCUUAACUUUUUUUCGUUGAUAGUUUAUA